AUGUUCAGCUCUAUUGUCCACCAUCCUUGCGAGAUCUCGCUUCACCUCGUCUCGCAAGAUAUCUUUGUUCAUCCAGCACCACCCAACACCGAGUAUCCUGGCGAUGACAAGACUCUUCGCGGCCUCGUCGAGAUCAAAUGUCCCAGCGAGCGUCAUAUUCAAGGCGUGAGGAUGUCCCUACAGGCUGUGCAGACCCUUGCUAUCCCAGAAGGUUCUUCUGCCUCUGCUGCUUCCAUCCGUUGGGAGGAAAAGGUCAUCAUGGAGAAGACGGUCGAGAUCAUGAACGACGGUACAGCAGCCGCUAUCCCUGUCCGCCAAUCGCGGUCCAGCAAGGGCAAGGAGAAGGAGAAGGAGAAGGAGAAGAACUGCAACCUAAACGAAGGCAUCCAUCUCGACAAGGGCAUCCAUGGUUUCGAGUUUGCUUUCAUCAUCCCUGCCUCCACUCCACCCUUUGAGCGAAGCAAGCAUGGUCGUGUUCGCUACAUCCUCACAGCAACUGCUCUCGGUGCAGGUCGUGCUCGCAAUAACAUCUCAACCUGGAAGGAGAUCUUUAUCAUGCUUCAUGUCAACUCGGACGGCGGUCCCGCUCCCCUCGACAUUCAGUAUCACGACGUACACGAAGCGCUUGGUCCCCUUUCCGUCUCCCUCACAUCAGCAUCACUAACCGUAGGAGGCACAGCAAAUCUCAACGUCUACCACCCCGAUCCACCGGCAGGACUCAACGUCCACGUGAUCCGCGUCUUCCUCGAACAGACUUUCGAGCUCUACAGCGAGGUGCGCAAGGGUUGGCUCAAGCUUCCCACCGAAAAGCUUCGACUCUGGGAGAAAGGAUACAUGCCAUACAAGACCAAGCAGCACACAGAUGCGCAAGGACCCGAGGAUUCCAUAUGGAUUGGUGACACGGAGAACGGCGCCACUGGCCGACCGGGUCGUGGAGCUGGACCUGGACCUGCCAACCUCUCACCCUUCGGUCUUCCACUCAACGGAUCAGUCUCGGCUCCUGUCACUCCAAUGGAGCCAAGUACACCCAUGCAUGUCGAAAACGGAUACAGGAUCAAGUCGGUCGUUCGUCUGCCAGACGACAACAUCCUUCGACCCAGCACUGUACGAGGCUCUCGAGCAGAGAUCCGUGUCAGCCACGAGAUGGGUGCCGAAAUCUUCUUCUCCCGCAAGGAUGUUCUGGACACAAGAGAAGAGAGCGACAGCUUCGGCAAACCGAAAGUGCAAGUCUUCUCCAUGCGCAGAGCCACCACCAUCCCAUCUUGCUGUUGUACAUUCGACACCAUUCAUCUGCCUCCUUACUCGCUCGAAUCGCCAGUCAACUCAAGGCCUUCUUCGCCAACACCGCCUUCCUCACUACGCGACUCGCAUCCCGAACUCGAACACUGGAAGCGCACCACCACUCUCGGCCACAUGCUUCCCAGCUCAAGAGGUAGUUCUGCUUUCAACUCCGCCGCCAACUCUCGCGCUGGUUCACGCGAUACUUCGCCCACACGCCAUGGCUUUGCUGCCCACUUCCCAGGUUCGGGACGCAAGAGCCGCAACUCGAGUCCAACACGCAACAACCGUGGUCGUUCGGGUAACGGUAUGAGCAGUAUCGGUCUGCAUGCUCUCACUCCUGCUUCUGCAGGUCACAUCGAUCAGAAUGGUAGCCAUCGCAAUCACGGCUACUCGACACCGCGUUCGUUGCCGGACAACGUGCCCUGGGCGGUCAGCUAUCUUCCCGAUCGAACCGGUACAUCGCACGCGACUUGCAACUGCGGCCGCACGACAGAGGAGCUCACCGAAGCAGAGCAGAGGCUGUUGGAAGGUGUCCCCACCGCACCAGGUGCCUGGGUUGAGAAUACAGAUGCAAAUGUUCCACCGCCGCCUUGGGCUCCUCCUUCGCGUGCUAGCAGUCCAGUUCAAGGAUGGCAUCACGGUCCAGGUUCGGCCAGGGAAGGUUUCAGGCCGAGAGGAAAGCUGGCUGAAUUGGAGACUCCCUAUGGCAGUCCUUCGGCGUGA